AUUUGUUAGUUUCUUUCUGCAAUUUGGGAUUUUAUUGAAGUUCCCUUUUUUUGUCGGCAGUCUCUUUUCAAUCUUUUCUUGAUUACUAUCAGGUGAACUUUUCCAGGUUACCUUUUUGUUAAUUCUUUGGGUAUGUUUACUGGGUUGUUGCCAAAAUGGUCUCUUGGUGAAGUUACAAAGCAGUUCUGAGCUUUGUUGCUGCAGCCAUCACUCCACCAGCUUUCUCAGGUUAGCCUGUUUUGUUUAGUAGCUUCUUGUCCUUUGAUCAUCUCUAGUUUUAGCCAUUUCCACUGGUCCAUUGCAAUCUUUAUUGUCUGUUCUUCUCACUUCUCAAUCAGCUUUCUCAUUUUCAUCUCAGGUUAGCUUGUCUUGUUAGUAGCUUCUUGUCUUUGGAAAAUCUCGAGUUUUUGCCAUUUCUAUUGCAAUCUUUAUUGUCUGUUCUUCUCCCUUCUCAAUAUUGGAGUUGCUGUCAUGGGGAAUUCUGGGAAUUUGGGUUUGCUUGUACGGAUUUCAUCUAUCUUUUGUUUAGUUUGUCUUUCAGUAGGAUUCAAGCCUAUAGAUAACUAUUUGAUAGACUGUGGAUCCUUCAAAAAUAGAUCAGAGGGUCAGAGAGUAUUCAUAGCUGAUAACUUCAGUUCUUCAUCUUAUACUCUUACAACCCCACAACAUAUUUUUGCCAAUUCUGUUUCAAAUUCAAUCUCACUAUACUAUGAUGCAGCUCUGUAUCAAACUGCUAGAAUUUUCAGUGGACCUUCCCAUUACAACUUUUCAAUAAAAGAACAAGGGAGGCACUGGAUUCGCCUUCAUUUCUUUCCUUUUGUAUUCGAAAACUACAAUAUGAGCAAUGCAAAAUUCUCUGUUUCUGCUCAAAACUUUACCCUUAUUAGGGAACUUCAAUUAGGGAAUAGUUCUGUUGUUAAGGAGUAUUGCUUGAACAUUACUUCUAAUAAGCUGGUUCUUACUUUUAACCCUGCUGCCAAAUCAUUUGCUUUCAUCAAUGCCUUGGAAGUUUUCUCAAUUCCCGAGAAUCUCAUUCCUAAAGAAGCAAGGACAAUUGAUCCAAAAGGUGAUAACAGAACUCUGUGGGAGCAAGCAUUGGAGACAGUUGCGAGAGUGGACAUGGGAAACGCAACAGUGCUUCCACAAAAUGAUACCUUAUGGCGACUUUGGGUUUCAGAUGAUGCAUAUCUGAUAGAUAAGAAUCUAGGAUCAUUUGUGUCAAAUGUUAAGGCUGUUAAUUUUACCGGAGGAUUGGUGACUGAGGAUAUUGCUCCUGCAUCUGUAUAUGGCACCGCCACUAGGUUGAACUAUGAUGAUCCUCGACUUAAGGCGAACUUGACUUGGAGCUUUGAUGUUAACCCUGGAUUUGAUUAUCUUGUUCGGCUUCACUUUUGUGAUAUAGUGAGUAAUUCUACUCAGCAAGGCAUCUUUCUCCACAUUUUCGUAGAUACACAGUUAGUGGGUCAUCUUGAUCUUGGUUCUAAGACAUCAAAUGUUUUAGGUGUCCCAUAUUUUAUGGAUGUCUGCAUAAAGGCAAGUGCAAGGCAUAAGCUUAAUGUAAGUGUUGGUUCAUCUACUAUAGUCGAUUACCCAAGUGUCAUUCUUAAUGGUUUGGAGAUCAUGAAAAUAAACAAUGCUAGGGGCAGUCUUGAUGUUCCAGAUCUUGUUUCCUCAAGAAGUUCCAAGAUGAAAGUCGUGGUUAUGGUUGGCCUGGCUGUUGGGUCGUUUGUUGUUGUUGUUGUUUUGGCUGCAGUUCUCUUCCUUUUCCGCAGAAGAAGAAGAAAGCCAGUUCAGGAGACAGAGGAACACUUUUCCAUGAAUACAGGACAAAUAGUUCAUACAACAGGAACUAAAUACUCUAAUGGGACUGCCAUAUUUUCCAGCUCAAAAAUAGGGUACCGUUUUCCUUUUAUGGCAAUUCUGGAGGCAACUGACAAUUUUAGUGAGAAUUUGGUAAUUGGCGUUGGUGGUUUUGGUAAGGUUUAUAAAGGAGUAUUGAGAGAUGAAACAGAGGUGGCUGUCAAGAGGGGAGCUCCUCAAUCAAACCAAGGUCUGGUAGAAUUCCGGACUGAGAUUGAAAUGUUAUCUCAGUUCCGCCACCGCCAUUUAGUAUCUUUGAUUGGUUACUGUGAUGAUCAAAAUGAGAUGAUCAUAAUUUAUGAGUACAUGAAGAAUGGAACACUCAAGAAUCACUUAUAUGGCUCAAAUCUUCCUGGCUUGAGUUGGAGACAGAGGCUUGAGAUAUGCAUUGGAUCAGCCAAAGGACUUCACUAUCUUCAUACUGGUUCUGCUAAGGCAAUAAUACACCGAGAUGUCAAGUCUGCAAACAUACUACUUGAUAAGACUUUCAUGGCUAAAGUUGCUGAUUUUGGGCUCUCAAAGACUGGUCCGGAUAUUGAUCAGACGCAUGUGAGUACAGCAGUUAAAGGAAGCUUUGGGUAUCUUGAUCCAGAGUACUUGACAAGGCAACAACUAACAGAGAAAUCAGACGUGUACUCCUUUGGGGUUGUUUUGCUUGAAGUCCUUUGCGGAAGGCCUGUUAUCGAUCCAUCCCUUCCAAGAGAGAAGGUGAAUCUAGUGGACUGGGCAACAAAGUCUUACAGGAAUGGGAAAUUGGAAGAAGUUGUGGAUCCUAUUCUUGUUGGUGAAAUAAAACCAGACUCCUUAAGGAAGUAUUGGGAAAUAACUGAGAAAUGCUUGCAAGAACAUGGGAUUCAUCGGCCUUCAAUGGGAGAUGUCCUAUGGAACUUGGAGUCUGCACUUCAACUCCAAGGUAAUGAACAAACACCCAAUCACAAUGGUCAGCUAUCUUCUCAAGCGAGCCAUGUCAGCCGCUUGGAAACAGGUCUAGAAUUCAGCAGAACCGGUAGUGUAAGCGACCUUGCUGGUAUUUCAAUGAGUACAGUCUUUGCUCAAAUGGUGAGAGAGGAAAUGAGGUAGAUCUUACCCAAAACUCUUUCAAGUUCAUUAUCUUGAGCAAGAUGAAACAUUAUAAAACUGUACAGAAGGAACUGCAUUCCACUUCAGGUUGUUCUCAUUUCUGUAAUCCACCAUGUAAGAAUCAGCUUGCUAGUAGAUUGUUAGAGCUUGGCUUGCCCUCUUCGAGUAAGGGUAGCUACACUUGUUAUCCUAUUAAGAUUUCCUUUGAUUGAUCUUUCUAUUUUUUGUC